AUGGCUGAUAUAGAGGCUGACGUCGCCAAAAAUGGCUCCGAGGAGCACGUUACCCCUCUGUCGACCCAGAAGCCGCAAUGGUACCGCAGUACGCUAUUCAACGCAUGUGUCAUUGGAGGCGUUGGUUUUCUAGCUCCAGGUCUCUGGAAUGCCAUGAAUUCUCUAGGCGCUGGAGGAGCUGAAUCACCAUAUCUAAUUAACGGGGGGAACAGCCUUGUCUUCGGAUUAAUGGGCUUCUUUUGUCUGUUUGGGGGGCCAAUUGCCAAUACAAUCGGACUCUCAUAUACCCUCUUACUCGGCGCCAUCGGCUACCCUCUUUAUUCGGCUGCACUCUAUACUAACAACCGUUUUGGCAAUGAAUGGUUUGUCUUCGUCGGUGCCGUCGCCUGUGGUAUAUCUGCCGGUCUCUUUUGGGCGAGCGAGGGAGCCAUCGCUCUUGGAUACCCAGAGCCUACCAAGCGUGCCAGAUAUCUCAACAUCUGGGUAUGGUUUAGAACCCUUGGACCAAUUGUUGGUGGCGCGAUUGUGCUGGGUCUGAAUGUGAAGACCUCGCACAAGGGAAAGGUCGGCUAUGUUACCUACAUUGUCUUCAUCGUCUUGCAGUGCCUAGCGGCUCCCCUUGCCUUGGCUCUGUCGCCGCCGGAGAAGGUCCAGAGAAGUGAUGGGUCCCGAGUUAUCGUCAUGGGAGAAAAGUCUAUAAUCGCCGAGUUCAAGGCUUUGUAUAACACCUCCAAAAAGCGCAAUGUCCUUCUCCUCCUUCCCAUAUUCUGGGCUGCCUAUUUCAACCAGUACAGCGGCAACUUUCAAGCAUAUUAUUUUAGUUUGAGAGGAAGGGCGCUCAUAGGGUUUGUCAGCAACUUCGCGACGCUCUUUUCUUCACAGAUUCUCAGUCUGUGGCUUGACUGGUCUCGUUUCUCUGUUAGAAAGCGAUUGGAAUAUGGGUACUAUUAUGUCGUUGCUACUCAUAUUCUCUCCUGGGUCUAUGGCUGGGUAGUAUCGGAACAAUACACGUCCAACCCCCCCUUGUUGGACUGGAGUACCCCUGGCUUUGUCAAAGGCUUCUUUGUUCUCUUCCUGUGGAGCUUUUCACAGCAGGCGGCCCAGAGCUGGCUAUACUAUCUUGUAGCUACCAUGACAGAUAACGUUUCGGAGCUCACUCGAUUGACAGGUAUUUUGCGUGGCCAGGAGAGCUUUGCCCAGGCUGUGUCUUAUGGUCUCAAUACGAAGAACUGGUACGGGGGACGAGUGCCGCUGGCUGUAAACACAAUUCUUCUUGGAUUGGCCGUUGUUCCCACUUAUCUUGUCGUUCGUAGUCACAAUCCUGACGAGACUGAUGCCGAUCGAGCAGGGAAGUCGCCACAAGCAAGCGAUGAACUACUGGAAACAGAGAAACAAUAG